AUGGAGUCGUUGAGUUCGCGGCCGCCGGCUGUGUCCUUGGGUGUUCCCACCGUGUUGCCUGGCCUGGAUGAGAUCCUCUACCGGGAAGCGGAGGAACGGAAACACCGCCAAGAGAUGCGAGAACGAGAAGCCUUGAUUCACCUCCGAGAGCAAUCCAUUCCCCGUUUAGGGCGGCGUUCCAAAGCCUAUUACGGCGCACGGUUGGAACGGGAACUGCUGGCAGCCUUUGACCAAUGUCCUGAGAGGAACUUCAUUGCCUUGAAUGAUCAGAAAGAGGUUUUGGCGAUUCCCAGAAGCAAGGUGGGCGACGUGCUGGAGCUCAUGGGCUUUGUGAAGGACAACAGUUUUUGCAGUCGACUGGGCGUUCUCUUGGACAGGGAGGAGUCUGGUAUGAUCUGUUUCGAUCGCUUGCUGCAUUUCAUCUCCAACGCCUUGGACACGGAACGGACGCCUCCAAGGUUUCUCGCCUUCAGCCUGGAAGAGGAGUGCUUCAAUCAGUUGGAAUGGCAGCUGAGCAAAGACUUUGGGAGGAUGUUGUACAACAAACACAACAAGAGCACUACAGAGUCCAUUGCUCGGCGCUUCGAGAGGGCAGCCGACCCGGAACCGCCACGGCCUCCUUCGCCUCCGCCGCGGCCAACGACGCCACGGUGCCCGGCGGCGCGGGCUGGGAAAGGAGCCCAACUGGAAAAGGAAAUCAAGGAAUUGAAUUUGCAACAGGAGAUGCAGGAGUGCACCUUCCACCCUCAGCUGAUCGCUUCCACCCCGCAGCGCCGUGCCGCUUCGCCGCACGUGCGGAACUUCGAGGCCACAGUGAUGCGCAUGAAGCAGGCGCAGAAGCAGCACCAACGGAGGCUGAAGGAGCAAAAUCGCAUCCCGGCAGGCGAGAAGUACGAGAAGUUGAGACGUCUGGGACCUCAACCCUUCUCAUGCGCCUUCCGCCGACGGAGCAAACCCAAACCUUUGGUCUAUGUGGAUGUGAAGGUGGGCUCUGGCCGGACGGGCCGCGUGGGCGUUCACGAAGGUGACGACUUCCGGGUAUUGGCCAGGCAGCCUGCCGUGAAGGGAGAGAAUCGGAACUUUGCCAAGACCUUCCAACUUGACCGAGAUGCUCGGCCCAUACGGACGUUGAGCCUGGGUGAGCCUGGCUUUGGUACGUUGAGCAAAGGAUGCCUACGCCUGGCGCGCCUGGCAGACGCUGAAACCGGGAAGGUCGCCGCAAAGCUGAGCCCGGAGCCCGGGCGCCCCCAGAAAUUCAUCGUUGAUGGCGACAAAGCUUCGCAGCUACGGCACGUCGCGACGGCAGCGAUGGCAGAUGUACAGCGGACCCAGGAGUGA